AUGAAUAUAACGACCAUAGAGUCAUGGUCACAGAACGAGCCACUGCAUUUCAGCGUCAUGGUUAUAUCAAGUGUUCUAUUAAUUAUUACUUUUGUUGUUGGAAUUAUUGGUAACACGUUAGUGUGUCUAAGUGUGUAUUAUGCAAAGUACCUGCGAACACCCAAUAACGCUCUUCUCGUCAAUCUGGCUAUAGCAGAUCUACUAACCUGUAUAUUUAAUGUACCGUUCGUUUUUGUCGUUGUGGUAGCCAACGGAAGAAACCCUACUGGAAACCUGGGCGAUGGAUUAUGCUCACUGCAGAUCGCUUUUCACACGUUUUGUAGUUGUUGCCAAUUGAUUACAUUAGCAGCAAUCAGCGUAGAACGAUACUAUGCCAUUGCACAUCCAUUCAGGACAAAGUAUAGAAAGAAACGAGUAACUGGAGGGUUGAUUAUCGCAUGGGGAAUCAGUACUUUGUUUGCACCUUUAGUAGCUGUUAAAUUCAAGAUGUCGCCGCAAUAUAAAAUGUGUACCGGGGAUACAUCUGACUAUGCCAGUCAACAAGACACAUCCAGUGCUUAUUUUAUAUCCCCUAUUGGGGGCCUGGCUCUUGCAGUAAUCAUCGUAUUCUACAUCCGAAUUUGGAUAACCGUGCACAAACAUAACAAAAACAUGGACCAAGGUAUGUCACCUAGUCGAGCACAUAAUAAAAUAAAACCUGAAGCAACACAUGAUGUAAGCACGGUGGAAGAACCUUCUGUCAUGGCAGUUGGAAAUCAAACCCCGACAGACGACAUUGCAAAGAGCGUAAAUUCUGUCGUUGCAAACAAAAAAGCAAAGAUAGAUUCAGAUAAAAUAACCGAUAAAGAUAAACUGAUCAAUAUCCAUUUGGCGUCGGCAUUUGAUAAUCACCAUCACGGAGAUAAAGAUGUCUUAUCGGACGUUGGCGGUAUCGACUGUACUACAAAAGUAGACAUCAGUUUACCGGGCUCUGUGGACACAAGCACGGUUAAAGUAUUCGAUGACAAUGAAAUCAAUUCAAUUUCCUUAGGUAGUACAGUAAAAUGUGGAUUGGUCUCUGGUGGCCUUGAAAAACAAAGCACAAAUCAGUUACAAACUACUAUAACAGUCACUGAAGUCGAAGAUAAACAGAUAAAGUUAACCGUAGAGCAACACGAAAAAACAAUAGAAUGCGAUUUAGCAACGUCCAAUCUUGACACAAGCAAGAACCGAGAUAAACGUGACACAGAAGCAAAAGAAUCAGACGUUUAUGUGACUCCAGUUGUGUCUGUCAUGUGUGAUGACCAAGUAAACGUAGAUACAACAAAUAUGUCUGACAAAAAUGGGGUCAAUGUACAAAUGACUCCUAUAGUCAGUAUUGUAGCGGAUAAUACGGAAUUACUGACAACACCACAAGAUAACUUGUAUGGUUCAGUAUGUGUGAUGAAUCAUUCAGCGAGGGAGCGGGGUAAGCGGCGGGUAGAAGCAAGAACUGCGAAGCGAGCUUGGUAUAUCAUCGGUUCAUUCAUUGUUUGCUGGUUUCCAUUGCCAUUAGUAACUUUAAUCAUUGCAUUUAAUGGAGAAGCCCUACUCAACAAAGGUAUACUAUAUGACUUAGAGGUUUGUGCAGUUUCCAUUGCUAUGUUCGGUACUGCAUCUAACCCAAUCGUCUAUGCGCUCGUCAAUAAACAGUUCAAGACAGAAUUUCUUAAGAUCCUCCGGAAAUUGAAGUGUUAUUGGAGAAAAAAAUAA